UGGCAAGCUUUAAAUACUAGCUGCACUAUAAAACCUAAAAAUGUCCUGGACUUGAAGUUGUUUACACAAAAUGUGAGCAGAUAUAAAGUUACAGAGCUGGGGGCUGGAAGAGGUGGCUUUAAAACCAUCCUCCAUGUACUGACGUCACAUGGAACCCAGCUGCCGGGAUGAUGCCAGACAGAAUUGUUUUUCAGUUUGCGAAACUGAAGUUGUGAAGUUAAUCAAAGAGAGUUGCAAGCGCUGCUCUGAUUGAAAAAUUAUCUCUUUCCUGGUUUCUUGUUUUCUUUAAGGAUCAGGAUUCACAGAACUGGAACUCUUUAUCCCAGCUAGCUAUGCAUUUCACUGCUUUCACUACUACACUGAAAAAUGGACUGAAAAACUUCUGAAGGAUUGUUUACUUCAAAAAGCUAGAAUCAAAGACAAGAAAGACUUAUUCUAAUAAAAUCAAUCCCAGCUUCCAGGAAACAUUCAGGAAAGAAGAGGAGCAGAAACACCUUUUAGUUGAUACUCAUAGUGCAGCAAUGAACCUGCAUAAGCAACUGGAGAAUACGGAGAGGAACUGGACCAAAGAGAAGAUGGAACUGUUGGAGAGAUUUGACAGUGAAAGGAAGGAGUGGGAAAGUCAGUGGAAGGUCAUGCAGAAGAAAAUAGAAGAGCUUUACCAGGAGGUAAAACUAAGGCGGGAGAGUAAUAUGAAUGUCCGGGAUAAUAAAGCCAUUCAAAGCAAGAUGCUGCAGCUAUCUGUAUAUUCCCCUGCUUCAGAACAGAGUGACACAGCAGAACUGAACUGUCGACACAACUUGGCAAAUGACUGGAUGGAAGAAAAGAGUUUGCUCAGUAAAUCAGAACAAGAAUGUAAAGAAACUAGAACUCAGAGGAAAAACAGUGUUUUAUUAAGGAACAGUCUGGCCUUUGACAAUCAGGAGAAAUAUGAAGACCUCCUCAGCUUGAAAACUCCUAAGAAAGAUACCAGUAGUUACGCUGGUGAUCUCAGUGCAGCUCUUAAAGAACUGGCGAAAGUUAGCGAAGAGUUAUGCAGCUAUCAAGAGGAAAUUCGAAAGAAGCCCAACCACAGAAGAAUGAAGUCACUUCCUUUUCUGGAUGAAUUUGAAGAAACCCAAAACACAGUUAUUAUGCCUGAGAUGAACUGCAUGUCCAGCAAUGAACCACAAACUUCUUCCCUCACCUUUGAAACAGAAGGACAAAAUAACAGGAAGAACUUGAUGAGUGCCAGCAAGGAGUUGAAAGAUUUGCCUUGUAGCUCUCUUACUGGUGAUAGAGGAAGCGACUUCAUGCCCUGGCCAAAAAAAGAAGCCCCCCCAGUUCCUCCACGGAGCACUUCUCGACAUCUGACAAGCUCACUUUCUGCAGCUGUACAUGUCUCUGAAGUACCCAUAAAAGAUUCAGGCAGCAAAAGCAACUAUAAGGUUCAGGAGGGUAGGAAUGGAAGGAAAUGUAUUAAUCCUUCUCUUGCAAAACAGAGUGAAGCUCCAGUGGCACAUGUAAAUGAAGGGAAGUCUGUGAAAGGUGGUGCAGCGGUAACUGCUUCAGUACCUAUAGCCAAAAAAGAGAGAGUCUCUGAGUGCAGUGUAGCGGCAGGUUUUUGUCACAACACAUGGUCAUGUGAUGUGGGCAAGCUUGGAAAAGGUACUCAGAAUGGAUCUUCCCCAUUGUCUGCCCAGAAAAGCUGUUCAGAUGGAAAUAUGGUGCAAACAGAGAAUGUGCACAGGAGACAUUGCCCUAAAUCUCCUAAUGUUCUACAAUAUGGUAACGACUCCUGUGACCCUGCAAUGCUGCCAAAGAAGACCCAAAGAAAUGAAACAUUGGCAGCAAAGAUUGAUGAAUUUAACAGGACUGUAUUUCAUACAGAUAAAUGCAACAAAUCUUUGCAAGAAAAUCAGAAGCUUCAAACACCAACUGGAGAUCAUAAACACUGUGGCACAGGCUGUGACUGUAUGGUUAACAGAACAGAAGCUGUAAAUGCAUCUUAUGUUUCAAAUCCCAGACUCUCUGCAGCAAAGAAACAGGAUCCCUGCAAUCCAACCAAAACUGCCAGAACAACAGGACAACAAAAGCAAAUAAAUGGACUUCUAAGCACCAGUGGCUACCGGCAUAUGCUUCACGAGCAUGACUGGAGACCAAUUAAUUUAUCUGGUCGCCCGCGUUCAGCUGACUCAAAGUCAAACUAUGGAGUUGUUGAAAAACUUUUGAAAAACUAUGAAAAAUCAACAGUGACUUCUUUGUAUAAUUCUAAAUGCUGCAAAGAUAAAUGGACACAGUCAGAUUCUGAGUUCACAGAUGGGAGUUGUGAGACAUUGAGUCAGUAUUUCGAAAUGCUCCAGAUAGACCAAGGAAAGCAAGAGUUUCAUAGGAAUUCAGCCAGGUGUGUUGGGAAGCAAGUCAAACAAGGCAAAGAGAGACAGAAGUUACCAGAGAUAUCUGUGCCAGCUAAAUGUUCAACUGGGAAAGGCUUCUCCCGGCCAGCACGACCAGCAAAUCGACGCUUACCUUCCAGGUGGGCAUCCAGAUCACCUUCAGCACCACCUGCUGUGAGAAUGACUGCACACAGUUAUUCUUUCUCACUUCAGUCAGAGACGGCAGUUGUCUGAACUCAAGGAUGAAUUUGAUGAUGUUGUGAAAUGUGAAAGCUCUGCGCCUCUUUAUACCUGUGUGUUCUGUGGUUGUGAUAGCAACCAGUUCUACACUGUUGUAUAUCAUCCAAGAGUAAUCCUGUCACUUGACUUACUGGGCAAAGCAUUUUCAAUCUUAGAUCAUCAUCGCAGUCUUCAGUGUUUUUAUUGAUGAAAUAAUUAUACCCCUAGUUCUUUCUUUCUUUCUUAAAUGGCUCACAAAGAAUUCCUUUUGAAUGACGUCCUCCUUGGUUUGCCAGUCUUUUGAGUUGAUACAAUGUAUAGUUGUGUAUAUUCUGACUUUGCUGCAAACAGCAGAAAGUAAAGCUGUAUGCAUGAUCAUGUGUUUGUAGGUGCAUGUGUUGGAAUAGGAAGUAUACAGGUCUGUAUUUAGAAGAGACAAACUCUGUGCUAGUGUUGACACUGAAAUUACAAUAUAUAUGCCUAUAUAUACUUUGUGUUUAUUUAAAAAUUUUGAAAAUAUAAAGUCCUAAUGACAUUUAUAUUUUGUACAUCUUUUAUAUAGGUUCAAAGGUGUAGUGAAUACACUUUUUUUUUUACCAUAAUUGCAGCGACAAGGGCUUGCACAAUAUGUAUCAGAAGCAGACUAGCUUAGUGGAUUCCUCAGACAUGCUUAAUGGCAUACUUGUUUGGUUUUUCAACCUUUACGAUGCUAGGGUCAAGGUAGAUGGGCAUAUUUUUUCUGAAUUAAAAUACUAUAUGAUUAGUACUAUAUUAGCCUUUUUCAUCACCUGAGAUAUUCCUAAAACGUUCCGCUGCCUUAAAAUGCUUUAUAUGUGCCAUUUAAUAUAACCCACUGUAGGGAAUUAACUCCUAUAGUUUCAGCUAUAUUGUAAUAUACAGUUUAUGGAGGAAGGAAAAGGAUGGUAAGCAUGGCAAUUCUUUCAAAUUUGUUUUCUUUAAACACUGUAUUUAAAAGUAUAGCUACAUCAGAGAAAUUUAACCUGUUUACUUUCAGUGACAGCAGGAGAAUAAGGAAUGCUAUGAUUACCAAAUGCUGUAGUUAUGCUUUCUUACUUUGAUACUGGACUUCAUAGAGUGUAAGCCACCAGCUAACUUACUGCUCCUGUGAAUGGUAUAAGUGGCAGUCAGUUAUGAAGUUUACUUGCAUUCUGGCAACAGCCGACGUACAGUACAUAAAUAUUGCCUCAAGAGCUGAAGGAGAUAUGAUCAUUGUGUGCCAGGAGUCCUAGACUGAUGGCAUUAGAAGUAUGUUUUUGCUCUCAUCUGUCUGUAUAUUAUUGGCCGCUAGAAUACUUUGUGUGUAGGCUGGCUUAUUCCCUUCCCACCGUUUGAAUGAAAUAUUGACACUAUUCAGCAUUUUUGUUCAACUUUCAUAAUGACAGUGUUCUCCAUUCCAGAAAUUUUGUACCCACCAUAAAGUUGCCAGAUGCAUAGUGUAGCGGGGUGAUAAUAAUUUUCCUUGAACAACCAGUUAAGAUAUUUCUUCAGUUUACUGAUAUUUACUGCCUACUUUUGAUCAUCAGCUUGCUGAAUAACAUAGAAAGGAACAAAAACCUGCUGUAUUCCUUGGUGCAUGUAACUUUAAUUAACAGAAAGUUAUGGAGGUAAACUAAUAUGUCAAGGACAAGUCCAUUUUGUCAAGAUCUUCUGAGUCCCUCUAGUACAUAUACUUUGGUUUUGACAUCUAGAGAUCUCAGUAAUUUGUGCACUAUAAAUACCCUAGAAGGCUAUCUGGACAUAUUGAUUUUAGAAAUAUACAACUACGGCUGUUUAAAAAUGAAGUUGUCUUUGCAGGAGUAAGCACGGCAGAGCCAGUUCCCAGCAUUGUGAUAACCACAGCUUAGCAGCUGUCUUAAGUAGCCUUAGUGAUAUGACAUAUGUUCUUACUUGCUGUAGAAGGGAGGAGUACUAGUUGGCUUUCCAGUUUCCCCAACAUGAGCUAAGAUUGAGAAGAGCUGCCAUGCUGGAGCUUCUGAAGGGACAGAGCCUCCAGAACAAAGAAAUCAUAAAUCUUCAGAGUGGGACAUAACUUUUCUCCCACACCUGAUUUCACCAAAUGAAGGGCUCCACUGCUUUUGUUUUGUGAGCCUACUGUCAAAAUGACAGGUUGAAUGUUAUGUGUUGGUUAAAGUCUUUGUGUAGAUGUACACUCUUUUUAUUUACUCUCUGGACCACUUUGAGAUUCUUCAUACUGCUCAGACUAGGAACAUGACUAUAUUUUACUUUGGCCCUAAAAUAAAUCCAGUAGAGAGUCUGCAGAGUUCUAAAAGCCUAACCGGCAACAGUUAAAUAGAAACUCCUCAGGCACAGUGGAGUUCGCUGCCAACCCAAACACUUACCAGGUAUUGAAAAUAUGUGAAUGUCACUAUGAAUCCAUUGCCUCCCCUCUUUGAUGCUCAGUUAUUUGUAUUGAACACAAUCACAAAGGAAUUGUGGCUUUGUCUACACAUAAAAGUUGUAUGAGCUUAACAAAAUCAGUUUGUACGCCAAUUUGGUUAAAUCAGUGUAAAACCUAUGUAUAGACCAGGACUUCAAAAUAAGAGAGAGACACCACCCCAGCCAACUUCCCUUGGCUGAAAGGACUGGUUGGCCUGAUACAGAGCCUUUGGGCAGGGGGAGAUGGAAUAAAAAGGUGAAUCUCAGAAGAAAUGCUCAUAUAUCCUUUUGCCUCUAGCUCAUCAUUCACCGUCUAGUUCUACUUAAUGUUUUAUCUUUGCUCUAUAGUCUUAGUUAUAGUCUUCCUACAAAGAGUACAUUUUAAACGAUGAUAAAGGAAUGAAACCAAUACUUUGCUUAUUCUCUGUGAGCCACAGAAUUAGUGUAUUGACCUUUACACAUACGGUAGUGGGGGAUUUGGCCAUUAUCAGAAUAAAUUGCCAAGCUGUGUAAUCUAAUUUUUCAAUGUUCUUUUGAGCACCAGUUACUUUCUACUGCCCUUUGAUUCUGUUCAGUAUGUACACAAUUGUCUAUUUAAGAAUAUGUUUCUGCUGAAACUGUAAAUAGGGAUCUUGUAUCGAAAUGGCCUCAAUAUUAUUCUUGCAAAGUUCCACAGCAUUCCAGCAGGCUGGCUACCUACAUCCCAAUUUUAAGUUAUGGACUAAGUAUAAAUUCCUUAGCAUGCAAAAAGUAUGCAAUUUUCGCAGUGUUGCUAUGAAAAGAAUUUCUUUGGCAUUGAGGCCUGCAAUAUACAAUUCUAUCUAGUAUACUAUCAUUAUUCUUUCUUGGAGUAAUCUGUAAUAUUCUCUUUGACUGUGUACGUCCUCUUUUAAAUGAAAGGCAGAAGACAUUUACUUUUAUUUGCUAAAUCUGAAAACCUUUUUUGCAUCUGGCCUUUCCACCACUUCUUGAUUCCCAGUGGAUGUAUGUUUUCUGUGUGGUUCCUUGCCAAUGGUCCAUAUGUAUUUGACAUAGUGUAGGAUUUUCUGUUUGUACUGCACUCAAGAUUUUUUCCCCAAUACAUCUUGUUCUUAAACCUGUUGAUACUGUUGCCAUCCAUAAAUAUAUUAGAUCUUAAUUUA